AUGUACACGCGUCGUGCUUUGCACCGUGAUCAUAUAGUCCCGACGCACUGGUGUAUGGCUGCGUCUCCGUUCUACGUUUCAGACGAGACGCUUAACGAUGUCGGACCGACCUAUAGCGAACUUCUCGAAUUCAUAACGCGCAAAGCCGACCAGGAUAAGCGGACACUGAUGACCUUGCUUGACGCUCAUGACCUGAGGUCAUUUCAUGAAGAUGACAACCUCGACUUCCACAUUAUCUCUUGCUGCCAAGCGCUUCGGCUGGGUGAACUGUCUUAUCCGACUCGGACCAGCGGGGGAUGUAUGAACGAACAGAAGGCGGACUUGGGCAGCUCAAGCUUCACCGGAACCUUGCGCGACAAGUAUGACUACCUAUCUACCCCGAUUCGCAAGGAAUAUUUUCCAAAACUCAGUCCGCAAAUUCUCAAGACCAUUCUGACAACACCCCCAACUCGUGUUACACCGAACACCACGCUGGAGUUGACGAGCCAAUGCAUCGGACUAGACAAGGAUAUAUAUGGUAGUUUUCCCAAGCAGGAAGUAUCAGGUCCAGGAGACGACCUCUCACCGGCAAACCAAGGCAUGGCCCAGGCCGGCUGCCUGCUCCGCGAACAACAGUCUUAUGACGACGUCCCACUCAACAUCUUUCCCUUCGGGAUGGAAGUGCUUCCGCUGACCCCGCCGCCAAGCGGUCGGCUUCCUGUUCUUGAUGCCUUCCCUCACGAGGACAACGCUGAAGCCAGUACCCAAGUCGCAAUCGAAGAGAGGACACGCGUUACAACUCCCCCAAAUCCUUUGUCGCAAGCUGCUACUCGCGGUCCUGGUGACUCUGGCCCGCCAUCGGCUCAUGUGCCAACUAUCUUUGCCCGUGCAGACUUAUCUCCGCCGACCACGUACAACAAUAACCCGGCGUAUCUCACGGCCACUUUACAGCAUGCUCACGGCACAUUGUCACCUGUCGCGCUGCAAAACUUUCGGCGUGUAAUCAACGAGCUGCAAGGGGCCGGGUGUGGACGCAUGGACAACUUCGUUCGCGGAACCUCUUCACCACGAGUCGGCAACGGGGUUCGUACCAGUGGCUGUGCACCGGACCGGGCGGUAGCCCCUAUGCUUGUAACCGAUGUCUUUGGAAUCCUGGACGCGGAUAGUACAAGUUGUUCCCACAUGAAGCCGGACCUAGUCCCCUCCGACCACAGUUCCCCGUCACUAUCCGCUGUUCGAUCACAGACAACGGGUGUCGCUUCUUUGGACCGUGAGUUCGCCGCGUUACUCGCCGACCGCGCAACAGAAGACGAUAUCCUUGCGACCGCAUUCGCAACGUUAGCCAGUAGGUUCGAGAGAUCGGCUAAGCAGCGAAGGCAACUCGCCCUGGCGGUGACUAUGGAGGGCUCAUAG